AUGAGUCGUACAGAGCCGAGGUACCCCGGAUCAGCAUCCUGCUCGUCGUUGAUUCAGCUGAGCACACCAGAGUCAGUGGGUGUAGGCCCGGGGCGUGACACAAGGUCUCUCACCAGUGGCCACCAAAUCCUCUUUGUAUAUAUACACAUACAUAGAAAGUUUUUUAUGCAAAACACAAGUCUCAAUUUCUGUGUAUUUCUCAAAAUCCUUCUUUUUUUUUAUGUCACUUAUUUAAAGCUACAAAAGUAUCUCACUAUGGGUAUCAAAAUGAGUCCCCUUAUUCAAGGUACUAGAAUCUUGAGGAGGUUUUCAAACUCCGGAAGUGUUCCAAAAGGGCAUUGUGCAGUAUAUGUAGGAGAGAGACAGAAGAAGAGAUUCGUCGUGCCAAUAUCUUACUUGAGCCAGUCUUUAUUUCAAGACUUGUUAACUCAAGCUGAAGAACAGUUUGGCUUCGAUCAUCCAAUGGGUGGUCUCACAAUACCUUGCAAAGAGGACGUGUUUGUUGAUCUCACAUCCCGCUUGAGAUCAUGAGUUGUAUCAAAGUGUAAAUUCUCUUGCAUAGAAAUUUUGUAAAGUAGUAGACUUAGAUACUAGAAAGAGGAGAUUUAGAGAGGAACUUUCACUGUAUAGUUCAGAAACACAAGAAUCUAUAGAACUUGUUUCCAUGAUCAA